AUCGGGUGACCUACCCAUAGAGACGGCCCUCAGUACGGUGGAGUACCUAGACAUGGAACCGGAGUAUAUAGUGUGGGAAUCGGCCGUCGGGGAGCUGGGAUACGUGAAGUCGAUGUUGGAGAGGACAGAGUUAUACGGCUCAUUUAGUAAAUUUAUGGAAAAUAAAGUACGAGAUCCUUUUACGAGAACAACAUUAAAUAAUACAGGUGCCUCCCACUUGGAAUCAUAUUUCCGGGCGACGCUGGCUUCCCAAGCAUGCGGUUACGGUAUCGACCAGUGUGUCACCGAAUCUAGACAGUUGUUCGCUUCAUGGUUACAACAUCCGGACGCACCAAACCC